UGGUAAAAGAAUAGGUUUCAGUAGAAAUUAUCAUCAAAUACCAAACAAGCUGGUUAAAAUAUAUUUCACAAGGAACGUCGGUCAUCGUUACUGCGCAGGAGAGCUCUUUAUGAACCUUACCCCUUGCACAGUGAUCUGACCUUGCUUUGUGUAGCAUGGCUGCAAGAAAUGUCAGGUUCCCCCUACAAAGGCUCGUCAAAACAGUAAACCAGUUGAAACCGAACUCUGCAAUGGCUACUCAGGCGAGGGACAUUUCCACAAACUUUAAUGCGAGAAACGACAUCAUGCUACCGAAAGGCACCUUUGAAGGCAAAGUUGCAUUUGUCACAGGGGGUGGAACAGGUCUUGGCCAAGGUAUGGUGAAAACUCUAUCUGCUCUUGGUGCAAAAGUGGGAAUCAUGAGUAGGAGAUAUGAUGUAUUGAAGAAAACGGCUGAUGAAAUUUCAGGCGAAACUGGGAAUCAGGUGUUUGCCGUUCAAGGUGAUGUUAGAGAUCCAGAAUCUGUAAAGGCAGCAUUGGAUGCAGUAGAAGCUGAGCUUGGAUUGCCAAAUAUUGUCAUUAACAAUGCAGCUGGAAACUUUAUCUCCCCAUUUGAGAGAUUAUCUCCAAACGCAUUUAAGACUGUCAUUGACAUUGUACUUAAUGGAACUGCAAAUGUGACACUUGAUGUAGGCAAGAGACUUAUAAAGGCUAAGCAAGGGGCAAAUUUUCUCAGUAUAUCAGCAAUAUAUGCAACAUCCGGAUCUGGUUUUGUAGUGCCUUCUGCAGCAGCCAAGGCGGGAGUAGAAGCAAUAACAAAGUCCUUGGCCGUUGAAUGGGCUCGAUAUGGUAUGCGCUUCAAUGCAAUUGCACCUGGGCCUAUCAAAACAGAGGGAGCCUUUAGCCGGCUUGACCCUACAGGUGCCUUUGAGGAGCAUAUGCUUGACAGAAAUCCAACGAAAAGAAUUGGAACGAGAGAAGAACUUGCUAACCUUGUAGCAUACAUGGUUAGUGACUAUUCAAGUUGGAUGAAUGGAGAGGUUGUCGUUCUUGAUGGAGGCGAAUUUAGAGCUUUGGCGGGGGAAAUGAAUGCAGCUUUACAGGUUACCGAUGAACAAUGGGAUAUGAUGGAAAAAAUGGCAAAGAAGAAAAAACCAAAACUUUGAAAAGACAGCUAGUUUGUAGCUUCUAUCCGGUGCAUUUCACUGCCAAUAUUUCAAUGCUAAAAUAGAUUUUAAGAGUGAAUGAUAGUUCAGAUUUUGAAUUUUGGAAUAAAAAGUGUAAUCCUGUACAUGUGAAUUCGAUUCUAAGCCAAAAAUGUGUUUGCCUUC